AUGAGUCUUUGGGACAAGUGUAAUGCAAAUAAGGAUUAUGUAUAUCGAAUCAUAGCUCUAAUGUUUUUAAUCAUUACAUGGACAUUAUUAUCAUCUGGAGAAUUAGAUGGAAGUAUACCACAUAGUAAAAUAUUUUUCAAAUCAUUGAACUUAGAUAAUUAUUUCAACGGUUCCAAUGAUGAUUCAUUACGAUAUACAAAUGAACAAGACAUGAUUAAGAAUGAAGAUCCAAAAUAUAUGGAACUUGGUAGAGUUACAUGGAAGACAUUCCAUGUAACAAUGGAAAUGUUUCCUGAUGUUAAUAUGAAUGAUAAUGAUGAUUUAAAGAAAAGAGAUAAAUUAGUUGAUUGGAUUAAUCUUUUGGGAGAAACGUAUCCAUGUUCAAAAGAUCAGCAAAAUACACCAAAUAAUUUGUUUUUGCAAAGUAUUAAAAACUAUCCAUUACCAAUAAAUCUUAAUAAAAUUAUUAAUAUUGAAUGGGGUUGUCAUAUUCAUAAUUUAGUGAAUGAAAGACUUGGAAAAAUUAAAUACGAUUGUUCAAUAUUAAUACAAGAUCUUAAACAGACUGAGCAAGAUUUUAAUCAAAAUAUAGAAUAUAAUGAUCUUGAUAAAGUUACAUUAAAUAGAGAAGAAAAACAAUUAGGAUAA